AUGCCUCGCCGAGCUAGGUCUCCCGAAUCCAGCGAGUCAGAAGGAGCCCAAUUCGUGUUUGGCUCGAAAAGGCAGAUCCUCGCCCUGCCACGCCGAGCACAGGAUGUAAAACAAAGACCCGUGGCUCAAUCUACCUCUCGAGCGAGCUCGAAGGAACCGCCUGCCAAAGUCAGGCGACUUGAGUAUCGCCAGCCUAGAGAACCCUUCCGGAGCGAUGAUGCUUCUCGAUCUGGAGAGAAGAGCAGCUUCAAAGGGUAUCGAGAACCUUCUCGGAUCCCUUCUGAUAAAUCCGACCUCUCCUCUCACUCCCUUUCGUAUGGUACGAGCGAUGAUGCCGCUUCGACCGACCGAGCACUUACCAUCAUCGAAUGCGAGCUCGGGAGCGAAAGAGAGUCCAGUCCAAUCUGCUCAGACGAAUGUGAAGGAGAUGAGAUCGAUCUGGAUCUAGAUCUAUGGGAAUCUUCACCUAGCCCGAUGCCCAUCAAGUCGGGACACCCGUCACUCACGUGGACGAGGGACGCUCGCUCGAUUUCAGAGAAGAUCAGUUUACACCUUGCAGCCCCUCGCUCGGCCUCUGUCGCGUCGUCGACGAAGAAAACGAGGGGGGAGAAACGCCGACGAGCCUUGGAGUCCUUCAGAGGUCAGAAACGCCGUCGAGGCGAUGUGACUUCGGAUGAAGAGACCGAUACGAGCGAUGGAGAGGCAUCCUCUACGAGGCAGUACAAGGUCAAAUCACCUCGAGUCACCAUGAUGUACGCGGCUCCGACAACUACAACCACCUCGUCGAACAAUAUCGCACAAGUAGCACUUGGUCCCACCGCCUCUAUCGUCGAUCUCGCUCGACGAAUCGGGCAGCUGGACGCGACCUCUUCGGAUAUUAUCAUGCAUACCGAUUCAGAAGGAGAAGAAGACGAGGCGAUAGUAUCCGCAGCCCUAUCCCCGAUUCUUCCGGACUCUCCUAUAUCUGAUCAGAUUCCUUUCGAAGGUGUAUCCGUCCGAUCCAUGGAACCGGUUCAGUUGUCCGCGCCCGGUCUCUGCGUCCCGAAGCAACACCAGCAACAGCAGCAGCGUGAUGCAAGAAGCGAAAGUCGGCGACAGCGAGAGGAAGCAAGGAAGAGCAAUACCAAAGCUCCUAUCUGGACCCAGAUGUCAGCCGCAGACCCUCGGCGAGUUUUCUGGGCAAAGUACAUGAGUAGUACCCGCCGUGCUAGACCACGACCUAGGAACGAUGAAUACGAUACUAAGCUGCCGGGUCAGCGGACUGCAAGACAUUUACGACAGACAGUGCAUGGACCCUCGCGAUCAGACUCCAUGCGGGUUCCUCGGCCUGGUACCAUGAAAGGAUCCUCAUCCAAUACGAUCUGCAUAGGACAGAUCCACAUUCUCCUCCUCACGCAAAUGAUUGCACAUCAACGAUGGAGGCGAGAUGUGAAGCUUGAAAUCACUGCGAAAGCUUUACAUAAUCUCCCACCCAUGAGAGCCUUCUUUGUCGACCCCUGGUGGCGUCGACAGGUAGUCUCUGAAGAGGAGGAGGAGGUCGCAGUUGAGAACGGUCUGUUGCCGCCGGUGGACGUCGGUCAUGUCGAUCUCAAGGCCGCUGAAGUGUUCUUUCACCGACCAUCGGCCAUGCGUGAACACUCGGUCUCGGUCGAGAGUGAAGAGCAAGUUGAGGGCGAAGCCGCUGUCGACGACGAGCCCACAGAGCAUGACAUACUGGAUGAAGUCUCCGAUGUGGAUCGUGAUGGCGACGAGGACGAUGUCAGUGAAUUUGGUUUCGAAAGCGAUGUCUCAGAUGGCGACGACCCCAAAGAUGUCUCUGCGGCCGAUGCGCGAUUGACAGCGGAUCGAAAACGUCGUGCCCGUUCUGAAAGCACCGAGCCGAGAGAAUCCGCUUUGGAGAGAUCCAGAAGGAUAAACGAGUCGAUCGUUCAGGAUAUGAGCCGACGUGCCGCCUUCCACGCUGCAAGAGAGGCUCGGUACGCGGCGAGUCGUGACGCGGGAGCUCCUACUGCGCCUUUCGGUGCGACCGCUACAACCGUCACCGUCACUGCCAUCUCUCCGGUAGUGAUCUCUCCUAUGCCUCGACGCAUCGCUCCCAUCGUUUUCGCUCGGUCUGGACACCCAGACCGUGAGCUGGUCGCUCAAGAUACGGCUGUUCGAUCAUCGGUCACGUCAGAGCUGCGAAGAAAUAGUGUCGUAUCGAUCUUUUCGGAAGAUGUGGAAUCUGUCCUGGACGCCAGCGAGGAUCUCGAACGAGAGUCUCGUUCUGUUUCGCCUGUAGAAUCGACUACUACCACCUCGACUAUCAGCGAGCCUCCGAACUAUGAUGACCUCGAGCCUACCCCUCCGCUCUCACUUCCUCUUUCUAGGGCGACCAUUGUCAACUUGGCGCGAGCGAAUCCUCAUCAAAUUCUUCCGCCUCCCUAUCAAGCAGCUCUCCCGCUCCGAGGUGCAGCUUACUCAUCCCAGAGAACGCCAUCACCUCCUCCGCCUUUCAAUGCUCAGACAGAUGCGGUCACUCUGAUCCCACCUCAUUUCGAUCCCUUCAACGGAGACUCGCACGACGACCCUUUCCAGAGGGACACUGACGCACUUGAGGCGAUGGAAGAACGUCGACUCGUCGGAUCCUUCCCUGGCACUGGAGUGGACUCGCGUCGAACCCUCGGCCGCGCGAGUAGCAAUAUCUCAAUAUCAGCCGUCAAUCCCAUCCGAGGUAAUGCAAUAGUACAGGCCGUGGAAGGACGCACAUCCUCGAACCGUCGUCCUCGAUCGCAAGUCGUCCUUGCGCAAUUAGCCGUCCUAGCCUAUUCCGGUUCCAUUGACCGACCUGAUUAUUCGUUCGACGCUGCGGGAGACAUGGAGCAGGGCGAUGAAGAUGACCUCUCUGCCGAACUCGAAGAGGUCGAUCGAGACGAUGAUCAGGAUGAAAGCUCUGGAGAGCUACAAACCGGAUCGACGCUCGUCGGAGGACUUCGACGAUGGGUGGGGCGAUUCUGGGGAUGA